AGGAGGGGAAUCUGCACAAGUUUGUACUGCGUGUGGACUUUAUGAGCAGAUCAUAUUUUCACCUUCAAUCACAAGUCUCAUUGUAGAGAAAAGAACUUUCAAGUGAUCUUUCUAUUACAUUAGUCGAUAGCAAGAAAAAGUAGCAAGGAAAUGAGUUGGUCGUCAAAUGAUGAUUUUUUUGUGAGCUCAAAGUUAGAGGUCUUUGCAGUCGACCUCUUUUCUGAACCAGUAGAAUUGACACGAUGCAAAGCUGUCAUCUACGACGGGCCGAAGGGUGAAGAUUUCAAGAGGUUCUUGCGGUCUAAGAACUUUCGAGUAAACCGUCAGGGAAAGGUUAUUGUACGUGUUCAAAAGCGUGACGACGAUGGUGAAUUCCUUGAAGGUGAGUAUGACAACUUCGUUCUAGAAAUGGUGGUACCGUUGGGUCCUUUUGGUUUCCAAAACAUACAAUUGUCGAAGCCGCAAGAGGUGAACGAAUUGCAAAGCCUCUUGGACAAUACCAAAGCUGAAUUAGCAAAGAAGAAUGACGAGCCUAAUGAAUUGCAGAGCCUCCUGGACAAUACUGAGGUUGAAUUGGCGAAGAAGAAUGAUUUGCUUAAUGAAUUAAUGAAGUGUGACGACGAUGGUGAAUUCUUUGAUUGUCAGGAUGAUUCCUUCAUUCUUGAAACGGUGGUACCAUUGGACACUUUUGGUUUCCAGAAUGUACCAUUACCGAAGUCGCAAGCUGUGAACAAAUUGCAAAGCAUCCUAAACAAUACCAAGGCUGAAUUGGCGAAGAAGAACGAUGAACUUAAUGAAUUGCAAAGCCUCUUUAAUAAUACCAAGGCGGAGUUGGAAAACAAAAAUGAUCCACUUCAUGAAUUGGCGAAGAAGAAUGAUGCGUUUACUGAAUUAAUGAAGCAUAAGAUUGAUCAGGAUUGGAAUCCUGAACAGUUCGGCCGACUGAAUACCGUUGCGAUCACAAACUCGGUGAAGAGAGUGUUUGUUGACUUUGGUCUUGAACCACCGGCAAGUGGAGAUCCGAGACCGCUUUGA